CUUUGGGUAUGUCAGUCUGUGCCAGGAUUUAGGGAAUAGGGUCUUUCAAGACUCACUGUCCUGAGCCUUGCUCACCCAAGAGAUCUCUUCCUCAGUUCCAGUUUGGCCCCAAAUGAUAGCCUCUCCAUAGACAAAAUGUUUCCCACUUCUCUAUCCCUCUAGCUGUUUGACAGUAAUGCAGAUUCGUUUAUCAGAUUAACUGGAAGUCAGUCCAGGCUGGCACCCCUAGAGAAGGCCUGGGCACCUGAGCUGCCUUUAACUAAAGGGCUGAUCUGGAACAGACACUAGAGCCUUGUGUGGCCAUGGAGAACCAAAAUGAUCUAUGGAAAUGUAGGGAAACUUGUUUGAGCUCACAACAAAGAAGUCACUUUUUACCAGUGAGAGAUGUCUAAUAUUACAAUGGGCUACCUUGUAAGGUAAUGAGACUUGUCACCCAAAUGCUUUAAACAGAGGUGAUCAUCUGUCACACUCACAGGGUGCCCCUCAUGAGUGAGAGAGUAGGGGCUGGACUGUUACAGAGGACCCGUCAAACCAGGAUCCAGGACUUGAGGGGAUGGGGGGCUGAUUGGGAAACCGUAGAGUGUGGGGAUUUAAGGAUUAGUGACAUUGGUAACACUAAUUCCUCUCAAAUUAUGUUUAUAGCCUUUACUAUUCCCAAAGAUGGCCUGCUUUACAAAGCUGCUAAGAAGCACGGCUCCAAAUCUGGAGCUGUGAGUGCCCACCAACUCUGACUAGCUUACAGUGAAGCUUUGGGAAGUUGUUUUCCUCUGAGCUUUUAUUUUCUCAUCCAGAAAAUGAGGGGAAGGAAGCAGAAAACAGCAGGAGCUACUCUCCAAGGACCACACCUCAAACAGCAAGAUGCCCCAGGUGGGAUCGAAAUGAGGCUUCAGGCAGGGGAGGCUGGCCUGAAAGCCGAUCUCCAAGAGGGCGUGGCUCCAAAACCUGGCAAAUAAAAGCCUGGAGAGCCAGCACCAGUCUGGAGACCAGCGGGAGGCACAGGAAAACUGCAAGCCGCUCUGUUCCUGGGCCUCGGAAGUGAUGCUCAUGGCGUCCCCCCAAACCCUGGUCCUCUGUCUGCUGGUCCUGGCAGUCAGUGAAGACUGGGGCCAAGAGGCAGCCAUCCCAGGCUGCCACCUGCACCCCUUCAAUGUGACAGUGCGAAGUGACCGCCAAGGCACCUGCCAGGGCUCCCAUGUGGCACAGGCCUGUGUGGGCCACUGUGAGUCCAGCGCCUUCCCUUCUCGGUACUCUGUGCUGGUGGCCAGUGGCUACCGACACAACAUCACCUCUGUCUCUCAGUGCUGCACCAUCAGUGGUCUGAAGAAGGUGAAAGUACAGCUGCACUGUGUGGGGAGCCAGAGGGAGGAGCUCGAGAUCUUCACCGCCCGGGCCUGCCAGUGUGACAUGUGUCGCCUCUCACGCUACUAGCCCAUCCUCUCCCCUCCUUCCUCCCCUGGGGCACAGGGCUUGCCAUUCUGAUGGGGAAAACCUGGGUUUGAGAUUCAAAAACUGGAAGGAACUCCAACCCUGCUGGUUACUUGCUAUGGAAUUUUUUUAAGUAACAGGGGGUUGUUCCAGCUCUGACCCUCAUGAGAUUUUGUGACUGUCACCUCCUGAGAAGAGGGGAGUUUCUGCUUCUUCCCUGCCUCUCUCUGGCUCUUCUAAACCAAUCUUUCAUCAUUUUACUUCCCUCUUUUCCCUUAACCCUAAAUAAAGCAAGCAGUUCUUGA